GAUUUGGGAAAUUCGGCAACCACCUACCGACCGACCGACGGGGGUUUUGGCCAGUGAGUGAAUCUUCGAGCAUCGUCCGGGACGCACGUUGUACGUGAUCUACUUUGCGUCAUAUGUAAGUGGAAUAAGGCUGAACCACAACGAAGUGAGCAACCAUGCGACGACUUUCAGUGUGGGUCCUGUUGGGCCUAGCGCUGUUUACCCUAAGCACAGCGGGAUUACAGGUGCAAGCGGAAACGCCCACCGAGUACGAAUGCAGACCUUACAUUGAGAAAGCAAUUCAAGAUCUCAAGUCCGAAUCAGCGGAAGCUGCCGAUGAAGGAAAUGCCAGUAUAGAGCAUACGAUCGAUGUGACAAGCCAGGAGGAGCAGGACAACACCGCAGCGGAGGAAGUGAGCACCGAGGAAACGGACACGGCUGCGGACGAUGCUACGGAAGAGAUAACUCCCUCGGAGGAGGUCCAGGAGCAGCUGUUCGCCGACACAACGGAGGAUGAGGCGACGGGCAAUGUAGAAGCCUCGGAAGAGACCGAACAGGAGCCGGCCGAGGCUGCCGAUUCCGAGGAGGGCGAAGAGGAGCAGACCGAGGAUCAGGAAGAGAACGUCACGGAGGAAGCGGUUCAAUCGGAAGAGACGGAACCGACCGUCUCGGAAGAAGCGGAACAGUCCGAAGAGGUGCCAGCAGAAACCGAGGAGUUGACCUCCGAGGAAUCGGCCAACCAGGUGCUGGAGGACGCCACUGAAGAAGAGGAAGACGAAGAAGCUGCUGCUGAGGAUGAUGGCGAGCAGGACGAGGAGGAAGAUGUAGCCACGGAGGAAGUGACUGAAUCGGCGGAAGAAGAAGCUACCGACAGUCAGGAAGCGGCAGCAGAUUCUGCUGAAGACCAGGAAGAGGAGGAAGAGGACGAGGAAGACGAAACGUCAGAAGAUGUAGCCGAACAGACCAAAUCGGAAGAAAGCGAUGUUGAUGAUGAUGGGGAAGAAGAAAAGGAAGAAAAUGAUGAUGAUGAUGAUGAGGAAGAAUCUCAAGCACAGUCCAGUAGUGAAGAUGAGGAAGAUGACGAUCUAGACGAGGAAAAUGCCGCUAAAGGAUCGUACGACGAUCGUGAGCAGGAAGAUGUUGAAGAUGCUUCUGCCGAAGCAAACGAAGCAUCGGAGGAGGUAGUUGCUAGUAGUGAGGACACUACCGAACAGACUGACAAUGACGAAUUGGAAGGAACAAACUCGGAGGAACAGGAAACCACUACAGAGGGUAGCGAUGAAGCGUCGUUGACUGACGAGACUGAGGCCGUUAGUGGCGAGGAAUCUGAGUCAGAGGAUGAGCCAGCCAGUCAGGAAGAGGCCGAUGAAGAUGCUGCCGAUGAUGAGAAUUUGAGUGAAGAAACGGAUAAUGAAACGGUCGAUGAAACGGCAACAAGCGAGGAGGAAAAUGCUGAAGCCGAACCAGCGUCUGACGAGCAGUUGGCAGUGGACAGCCAGGAAGAGCAGGAGGAUGCCGCUCAGGAUGAACCCUCCGCUGAGGAGCCGGCCGAAGAGAGUAGCGAAGAUGCUACCGCCGCUGCCGAGGAAGGUUCCCAGGAGCAGCAGGAAGCUGACAGUGCUGAGGAAGCAACCGAUUCCCAGCAAGCGGCUGAGGAUAGCAGUGCCGAGGAAAGUGUCACCGAAUCUGUCGAACAGGAAGCCGGAGUGCCAGCUGAAGGUGAAAGCGAGGAGGAGACCGUUUUGAAGCAGGAUUCCGAGGAGUCGUUGCCGGCGGACGGAGAGGCUAGUGUUGAGCAGUCGGCUGAAGAAAGCGAAACCGCCUUGCAGGAGGAGGAGAAGGAGGAGUCGUUCCCCGAGGAAGAUCUGCUAUUGGAGUACGAAAUUCCAACGAACCUUAGAGAUACUACGCACGUCUACGAACUGCUGAACAUCAACGAUGAUGCGUCGUCACGCGAGAAAGCGCUGCAGGAAACGGCCGACGUGAUCUUGCGCGACCUGAAGCGCAUCUACGACAACUCGAUCAAACCGCUCGAAACGCUGUACAAGUAUCGCGAUCUCAGCAAUCGUCACUUUGGCGAUCCGGAGAUCUUCUCGAAACCGCUCGUACUGUUCAUGGGCCCGUGGAGCGGCGGCAAGUCGACCAUCCUCAACUAUCUGACCCACAACGAGUACACGCCGAACUCGGUGCGCACAGGUGCUGAACCGUCGCCCGCAUACUUUAACAUUUUAAUGCACGGUGACGAGCCGGAGGUUUUGGACGGUACCCAGCUGGCCGCCGAUUGGACUUUCUCGGGAUUGCAAAAGUUUGGACAGGGUCUGCUUGACCGGCUGCGUGGCCAGAAGCUGCCCAACAAGCUGCUCGAAAGGGUGAACAUUGUCGAAAUUCCAGGCAUUCUGGAGGUCCGCAAGCAGGUGUCCAAGUACUUCCCGUUCAACGAUGCCUGCCAGUGGUUUAUCGAUCGCGCCGACAUCAUCUUCCUGGUGUACGACCCGUCCAAGCUGGACGUUGGACCAGAAACCGAAGCCAUCCUGGACCAGCUCAAGGGACGAGAAUAUCAGACACGAAUCCUGCUGAACAAGGCUGAUCAAGUGAAACCUGAGGAGCUGCUGCGCGUCCAGAGUGCCUUGAUUUGGAACAUUUCGCCGCUGAUGUCGUCGGCGCAACCACCGGUCAUGUACACGGUGUCGCUCUGGUCCAACCCCUACGAGGUGGGUGCACCCGUCCGGCUGCUGCAGGCACAGGAGCGAUCUUUGCUGCUCGACCUGGGCCAGGCCAUCGAUCGACGAAUUGAAAACAAAAUUGCCAGUGCACGUCGCUUCGCGGUUCGUGUGCGCAACCACGCCAAGAUGGUGGACUGCUAUCUCACCACGUACUACAACCACAAGACGCUGUUCGGCAACAAGAAGCAGAUUGCCGAGAAAAUCAUUGCCAGCCCGCAGGACUACCACAUCUACGAGGGUCUGUCCACGCUGACCAACAUCUCCCGGUACGAUCUGCCCGAUCCGGAAGUGUACCGCGACUUCUUCCACCUGAACCCGCUGUACGAGUUCCAGAAGCUGUCCGAAACGUGCACCUACUUCCGCGGCUGCCCGAUCAACAAGCUGGACGUGGCGAUCGCGUACGAUCUGCCCGAGCUGGUCGGCAAGUACAAGAAGAUGGCGGAGGCCGCCCUUGCCAAGCUGGACGUGCUCACGCCAACGUCCGAUUUCGGCAAGGGGAAAUCGAACAGUUGAGCGAGCGCGCCCUAAACCGAUCGUUCACAACUCUGCAUUCAAUGCGUAAUGUUAAAGUAGCUUAGUACGGUAUUUUUUUUGUUAUUAUUAUUAACGGUUGUUUUUGUUACGUUCGCUUACACGAGAAUCAUCGUCCUCUUUUUCUACUAUGUUUAACUGCUAUCGUCGUAGAGGUUUGCGAGGUAUCGCUGGCAUAUCCCAGCUCGGCAAUACCGGAGCAGCAAGCAGAUCUGUGCUUUUUUGUUAUUAUUUGUCUCUACUUUCAUUCUCUCUAAUUCUAUAGAUUGCAAAGAUGGGAGGGGGUUUAUUUGGUUGUAUCGGAACGAACCUUACCUAAACCGCCGCAACAUAAUUUAUUGCAAACAAAUUGCUAUUAGCUCGUGCUAUACGAUGGGACGGGGUUAGUUAUGGAACAACGACUGUAGUUGUCAACGUUACAAAAGGAAAGGGAAAGGGAAAGGUUUACCGUUUUGUUAAAUAAAGAGUACUUGCUUGUUUGAAAACUGUCAGACAACAAACAAACACAAACCAACAAUGCGCACACCACACCAAGAAUAACGCACUUCGCAAUGGGGAACUACAAACUCCCAUUUGGAGAGAGCCGGAACCCGGAAAAAACCCGGAGCCCGGGUGUGUGCUACGAAAACAGAAACAAAAACGAACGUUUGCCUAUGUGAUAAAUGAUGGCUCAGAGCAUAAGAAGACAUUGCAGUGUAUAGCUUUCGUCCAAGGUAAUAAAACGAUCAAACAAGAUUUGCGUUUGGCGCAAUAUGUGACUCCAGAGACCAGACUGAUUGAACCGGGUAAACGGAAAUGUGCUACAAAUCGGCAAAACAAACACGCGGGGCAUAACGAUCGCCCACGAUUCGAAACCUAACCGAGAGAAAGUUUAAUAAAAAUUGUAAAAGUUAAUCAAAA